AGUAAACCCUUGAAAGGAUUUCUUAUAAAAAUUCUGUAUUUUCUUAUAAAUUUCUUUGCUUGCAAUUCUCUCCAGCGAUCAUCAAUCAAUUGGAUUCUUUUUUUUGGAUUGAGACCCUAAUUUCUUUAAGCUUUUCCCUUGUCAUUUCUUGUUGGGUGAUAUAAUCAGGUCUUGAAUUUUGCAAUGGCGAAAAGUUCCUUCAAGCUUGAACAUCCUUUGGAAAGGAGGCAAGCUGAAGCCGGUCGCAUCAGGGAAAAGUAUCCGGACAGAAUUCCUGUUAUUGUGGAGAAGGCUGAACAAAGUGACAUUCCCGAUAUCGAUAAAAAGAAGUAUCUUGUUCCUGCUGAUUUGACCGUGGGGCAAUUUGUUUACGUUGUCCGUAAACGGAUUAAGCUUAGUGCUGAGAAAGCUAUAUUUGUCUUUGUGAGGAACACUCUCCCGCCUACUGCUGCAUUGAUGUCUGCGAUUUACGAGGAAAACAAGGACGAAGAUGGUUUUCUUUAUAUGACUUACAGUGGAGAAAACACAUUUGGUUCCCCUUUGCUUUGAGCAUAAUGCUAUUAUGCACUGCAAUCUUAUAAUGUAUAUAGCCUAAAUGAAAAAGGUGUAAAUUCUGUAUGGUGUCUACUUGAGCCAAUGUUCUGCCCUUGACAAUUACAGUUGUUUAACUGUCUGAACUUGGAUCUUUAUUUUCUAUAAAUUGAAUGUCUGAAACCAACUUUGAUUUCCAA